CCUGGCUCAGGCGCGGAGCGGCAGAAGCGGCGGAGGCGGGAGCGAUGCAACAAGUGUCCCGCGACCAGAGCGGGGGCCCUUUAAGUCCCGGAAGGCCGGCGCGCGCCUCGAUGGUGCCGGCUUGGGCUCCGAAGCGGCGAUGAGCGACAAGAGCAGCGAGGCGGCGGGCAUCACCUUCUCGGUGCCCAGCCUGGUCGGGGGCGGAUGCCCGCUGCUGCUCUGCGAGGACGCCUUCGGGAGGAAGGCCGGGGCCGGGGCGGGCGGAGCGGGGUCCUCGCGGGCAGCUCCGCCCGGCGCCUUCUGGAAUGAGGAGAGCGGCCACGGGAGCACCACCGUCGCCUGCGAGGCCGGGGCCCGGUCCCGGGGGGCCCGCCGGACCACGGUGUCGUACGUGAUCAACGAGGCCAGCCCGGGCGCCGUCCUGCAGGCGGAGAGCGGGGCCCUGCAGAGCCUGCGCGAGGCUUGCGAGACCGUGGGCGCCGAGCUCCAGGCGCUCCACUUUGGGAAGCUCGACUUCGGAGAGACCGCCGUCCUCGACCGAUUCUACAACGCCGAUAUUGCAGUGGUGGAGAUGAGUGAUGCUUUCCGCCAGCCCUCCCUGUUUUAUCAUCUCGGAGUCCGAGAGAGCUUCAGCAUGGCUAACAACAUAAUUCUCUACUGUGAUACCAAUUCAGACUCUCUGCAAUCACUGAAGGAAAUUAUUUGCCAGAAGAAUAAUAUGUGCACUGGCAACUAUAUAUUUCUUCCAUAUAUGAUAACUCCUCAUAAUAAAGUAUAUUGCUGUGACAGCAGUUUUAUGAAGGGAUUAACUGAGCUGAUGCAACCUAACUUUGAACUGUUACUUGGACCAAUAUGCCUCCCUUUGGUUGACCGAUUUGUUCAGCUUUUGAAGGUGGCACAGGGCAGCUCAAGCCAGUACUUCAAAGAGUCAAUUCUUAAUGACAUCAGAAAAGCACGUAACUUGUACACAGGAAAAGAACUAGCUGCAGAACUGGCAAGGAUACGACAACGGGUGGAUAAUAUUGAACUUCUAUCUGCUGACAUUGUGAUCAACUUAUUGUUAUCUUACAGAGACAUUCAGGAUUAUGAUUCCAUUGUGAACCUGGUAGAGACAUUAGAAAAACUUCCAACCUUUGACUUGGCUAUGCAUCUCCAUGUGAAGUUUCAUUAUGCAUUUGCACUGAACAGACGAAAUCUACCUGGAGAUAGACAGAAGGCACUAGAUAUUAUGAUCCCUCUAGUGGAGUGUGAAAGCCAAGUAGCUUCAGAUAUGUAUUGUCUUGUGGGACGAAUCUACAAAGACAUUUUUCUGGAUUCUGGAUUUACAGACACUGAAAGUAGAGCCCAAGGAACAUUGUGGUUCAAGAAGGCAUUUGAGUCAGAACCAACGUUACAGUCAGGAAUUAAUUAUGCAGUGCUUCUCUUGGCCGCUGGACACCAGUUUGAUACCUCUUUUGAGCUACGGAAAGUUGGAGUAAAGAUAAGCAGCCUCCUUGGGAAAAAGGGAAACUUGGAGAAAUUACAGAGUUACUGGGAAGUGGGCUUCUUUCUGGGAGCCAGUGUCCUAGCAAAUGACCAUACAAGAGUGAUCCAGGCUUCUGAAAAACUGUUCAAAUUGAAGACACCAGCAUGGUACCUCAAAUCCAUUGUGGAGACUAUCUUAAUAUAUCAGCAUUUUAAGAAACUAAAUCCAGAACAGCAAAUAGCCAAAAAUGAUCUUGUGGAUUUUUGGAUGGAUUUUCUUGUUGAGGCCACAAAGUCAGAUGUAUCAGUUGUUAGAUUUCCCGUUUUAAUAUUAGAGCCUACAAAAAUCUACCAGCCUUCAUACCUGUCCAUCAAUAGUGAGGCUGAAGAAAAGACUGUCUCUAUCUGGCACGUUAUGCCUGAUGAUAAGAAAGGCAUUCAUGAAUGGAACUUCAGUGCUGACUCUAUAAGGGGAGUAAGCAUUUCAAAAUUUGAAGAACGAUGCUGCUUCCUUUAUGUCCUGCACAAUUCAGAUGACUUCCAAAUAUACUUUUGUACGGAGCACCACUGCAAAAAAUUUUUUGAAUUGGUUAAUAGUAUCACAGAAGAAAUAGGAAAGAACACAGAAGAAGGCGAUUGCGAUGGGGAUUCUUUGGAGUAUGACUAUGAAUAUGAUGAAAAUGGUGAGCGAGUCAUUCUAGGAAAAGGUACUUACGGCAUCGUUUAUGCUGGCCGGGAUCUAAGCAAUCAAGUCAGAAUUGCCAUUAAAGAAAUCCCGGAAAGAGACAGCAGAUAUUCCCAGCCUCUACAUGAAGAAAUAGCUUUACAUAAGCACCUCAAACACAAGAACAUUGUUCAGUAUCUUGGCUCAUUUAGUGAAGAAGGAUUCAUCAAGAUUUUCAUGGAACAGGUCCCAGGAGGUAGUCUUUCUGCUCUUUUGAGGUCAAAAUGGGGACCAUUAAAAGAUAAUGAACAGACCAUUGGUUUUUAUACCAAACAGAUUCUUGAAGGAUUAAAAUACCUCCAUGACAAUCAAAUAGUGCAUCGUGACAUCAAGGGUGACAAUGUUCUUAUCAACACUUACAGUGGGGUGCUAAAGAUUUCAGAUUUUGGAACAUCAAAAAGGCUGGCUGGAAUAAAUCCAUGCACGGAAACAUUCACAGGUACGCUUCAGUAUAUGGCGCCAGAAAUAAUUGAUAAAGGACCAAGAGGUUAUGGGAAAGCUGCAGAUAUCUGGUCUUUGGGAUGUACCAUUAUUGAAAUGGCCACAGGAAAACCUCCCUUUUAUGAACUAGGCGAGCCACAGGCAGCAAUGUUUAAGGUUGGCAUGUUCAAAAUACAUCCCGAGAUCCCUGAAUCCAUGUCAGCUGAGGCAAAAGCCUUCCUGUUGUGCUGCUUUGAGCCCGAUCCAAACAAGAGAGUCUGUGCAAAUGAACUUCUUGUCGAUGACUUCUUAAAGGUCACAAGCAAGAAGAGGAAGUCCCAAGCAAAGCUAGCAGCACUCUCAGUUGGAUCAAAUGAGUAUCUUCGAAGCAUAUCUUUGCCUGUGCCUGUUCUUGUAGAAGAUACAAGUAGCAGCAGUGAAUACGGUUCCGUUUCCCCUGACACAGAGUUGAAGCUUGACCCAUUCUCUUUUAAAAUGAGAGCCAAAUCCUGUGGAGAAAAGGACGCCAAAGGACUCAGGUCUCUUUUUCUAAGCAUUCCAGAUGAGAAUUUUGAGGACCACAGUGCUCCCCCUUCACCUGAUGAGAAGGACUCUGGCUUCUUCAUGCUCAAAAAGGACAGCGAGCGAAGAGCCACCCUCCACCGAAUCCUGACAGAGGACCAAGACAAGGUGGUGAGGAAUCUGAUGGAAGCCUUAGCUCAGGGAGCUGAAGAACCAAAGCUGAAAUGGGAGCACAUCACAACUUUAGUUGCCAGUCUCAGAGAGUUUGUGAGGUCAACUGAUCGCAAAAUCAUUGCAAAUACCCUUUCGAAGCUGAAACUGGAGCUAGACUUUGACAGUCAUGGCAUCAGCCAGGUUCAGUUGGUACUCUUCGGUUUCCAAGAUGCAGUGAAUAAAGUUCUCAGAACCCACAAUAUUAAACCACAUUGGAUGUUUGCACUAGACAGCAUAAUUCGCAAAGCUGUACAGACAGCGAUUACUAUUCUGGUUCCAGAACUGAGGACGCACUUCAGUUUAGCAUCUGAGAGUGAUACAGCGGAUCAGUGCGAGGACAUUGAAGGUGAGGAAGAACAUGAAGAGCAACCUCCAAACCCACCAAAUCAACACCCUUGCCUGGUACUAGAUGAUGCUAUAGCUACCUCAGGAGUGAGCACACUCAGUUCCAGUGUAUCCCAUGAAUCCCAAGCUGCUCAGAGAUCUCUAAAUGUUCAACUUGGAAGACUAAAAUUGGAAACCAAUAGAUUACUAGAAGAGCUAGUGCAGAAAGAAAGAGAAUUUCAAGCCCUGCUUCAUCAUGCUAUAGAAGAAAAAGAACAGGAAAUCAAACACUUGAAACUUCGGACUCAGCCAAAAGAUAUUCCUGGCACGCUCGUCUCUCGCUUUAGCAAUGCUGAUGGAAGAGCUGAAGAUCCCGAUCUUACCAACUGGCUCAGAGUACAUGGUGCUGAUGAAGAAACUAUAAACAGGUUUUUGGAAGAAGGCUACACACUAAUGGAUGUUCUCUGCUAUGUUACACGCGAUGAUCUAAAAUGCCUUAGGCUCAGAGGUGGGAUAUUAUGUACACUAUGGAAGGCCAUCACAGACUUUCGAGAGAAGCCUACCUGACCCUGAAUAUAAAGGCAUUUCCUCCUCCUCCAAAGAAAACGGGGGGUUUCCUGCACCACAGAGCAAGAGUCCUGUCAAAGAAUGCUGUUGCACUUUAAACCAGUAUUUGUUUACCUUAAAGAACACCACAGCUUUUCAGCUGGCCCUACUUCUAACGCCCCCCAAAAAUCUCUACAAUGUUAAACAUGAUUUUAGUUUAAUUUUUAUAUACAUAUGUAAAGGAACUUCUCUUUUUAUAAAGUGCUGGAACACCCGGCACCCAUUUAAUAAAACCAAAAGUUGGUAUUACAUAAACCCACUGUCAGAUUUCAUGUUAUCUGACAUCACUGAAGCAAAACCAAAAUGUGAACAUUUGACUUUUCAGAUGAAUGUGCCUGUGAUGGGGCAAGAAAAUGUCUGUCUGAGACCUGGCCUCUCUUUUUUGAUCCAAAAAAGGAGGCGUAUCCAUUCACCCCAGGAGACCUUGGGGUGCAACUGGGAACUUCCUUGCAAGUGGCUGAAAGGAAGGCAGAAUGAAAGGGUUAGCUCCAUGGUACUUGUGGGUCUUUUCCAAGGACCAAGCAUUUUGUGUGUUUUCUUAAUCCGGGAUGGAAUUCAUAGCUGCAAGGGUUGUACAGAGUUUAUGCGCUAGCUUUUCCUUCAAGUGUGCUGAACAUUACAGUUGGUACUUACAGUCCUUUCUAAAUGUUCACAUUGUUUUUAUUUUUAGUAACUUAAAAAUCUCAGACUACAGUGCAUCUGUUUUUAGUGUUGUUUAUGUACUACUGAACUGUACCAGUUACAUAUGCCUGAACUACAUAUAGUACCAUUAGCUUGUUCUAAAGCUAUUCAUUGUGACAAAUGUUUAAAUAAUAAAGAAUAAUGCACAAUGCCAA